GAAUUCAUAAUUGACAUUUUUGUGGUUUGAGGUUAUGUGUUAUGAUUAUCUAUUUGUUUGAAAUUAUAAUUCUUUGCUUGUAUCCCUCAGAUUAUAUGAUUUUAAGAAGAAUGGUACAUACGAAAUGCAGAGGGGGCCGUUAUCUCUUCAGCGACGUAGAGAGAUUAGUCUUCUCUGACAAUCAAGUACCUUGGAGUGCAAAAUUUGUAGGUUAUAAUCCGCCAGAAUAUAAUUCCAAAGCUAUACUAAACAAACCAUGGGCAGAUCCUGCAAUUGAUGAUCCAAGUUUCAAACCAAAAUGGAAUGAAUUGGAUGGCGAUGUAAAUAGAAAAAGCCACACUGGAAGCUAUUCCAUAUCUGAUGGUAGGCCGUUGAACCCUGAAGGAAGAACUGGGAUUAGGGGUCGUGGUGUUUUAGGAAAAUGGGGGCCCAAUCAUGCAGCAGACCCAAUAGUUACCAGGUGGAAAGUGGAAGAUGGCGUUAAACAGUUAAAAAACUCAAAGCCGAUUUUACAAUUCUGUGCCAUUCAGAGGAGAGAUUGCGGGCAAUGGGCAUUGCCAGGUGGUAUGGUAGAUCCCAACGAGCAAGUUAGUCAAACUCUGAGGAGGGAAUUUCUUGAAGAAGCUUUAAACAGUCUAGAAGCAUCCAAAGAUCAGUCAAAGAAAGAUGAGGACAUGAUCAAACGUUUUUUCCAAAACGGCGUGGUCAUUUACAAAGGUUACGUGGACGAUCCGAGAAACACGGAUAAUGCUUGGAUGGAGACCGUCGCCAUAAACUUCCACGAUGAAGACGGAAAAUCUGUGGGAAAGUUUGAUUUAAAAGCUGGUGAUGAUGCUCAGGGUGUUCAGUGGAUGGACGUAGACAGAAAUUUGGAUUUAUACGCCAGUCAUUCCAAUUUUAUCCAGACAGCUGCGGAGAAGCUUAACGCUCACUGGUAGUGAAUAAAAACAUCGUCUUACUGUAAAUAUUCUAUAUUUUAUACAAUUAUAUGGAAUUACCUUGGAGUAUAUUGAAAUAUGCCUGAUAAAAAAAAGUUAUUGUAACUGUCAUAUUUCAAUAGGCUCUGUAAUCGUUAUUUUGUACUAUGAUAUGCACAAUCAAAUAAAUUCAAUAAAUACCGUUACUAUAUUAAUUUAAGAUGGAAUUACCUAAGAGAUAACACCAGCAGGCAACUUGAAGCCUAAUAGAACGAA